AUGAGCGAGCAACCCAAGACAAGAGACUCCGUCACCGUCACCCCCAAGCGAGCAGGGGAAGGAGCAAGCGCCUACGACGUGCAGCUCGACCUCACCAUCAUCGAGCCUCUCUUCCACAUGCGACAGAAGGACGCGGCCAAGUUCCUGGGCAUCUCGUUGACGACGCUCAAGCGAGCUUGUCGCCUCCUCGGGGUGCAGCGAUGGCCGUACGCGCGGCUGCGCGACGAGAGGGCAGGGAACCAGGCGCUGCUCCUGGACCUGGAGGAGGAGGGAGAUGAAGAGGAGGGCGGGGAGGAGGAGGAGGAGGAGGAGGAGGAGGAGGAGUGUUACAGCGAGCAUGAGGCUGGCAGGGCGUCGUCGGUAGCUACAGCAAGCAGCGGGCAUGCGCGACGACCGCUGCACGAGCGAGCGAUAGCGCCCGCGUCUGCUCGCCGGGGCCCGGCGAGCGUCUGGACGGCAUCGCAGGGCAGCGGAGGAGCGGAGACGAGCAGCGCGGGGGUGACAUCGUCAAGCAGCAGGACGACGCCGAGGAUCGACGGGGAGGGGACGAGCAGCCCGCAGAGCCGGGGGGAGACACCAGGGUCGCACACAGAGUCAGCACCCGAGCCUUCCUCGCAAGCCAUCGACGCGCACUGGCUGGAGUGGUACUUGUCGUGUGAGGACGAGGACGGGCGGGAGUGA